CAGCGUUGUUGACCCGGAAGUGUCCACAACUGAGGUAGAAUUCUGUUUUAAGUAGAAAAACAGCACGAGUAAGGAGUUUUAAAAAUAUUCCUAGUGUCGGAAAAUGUCGCCACAAACAUGGCUCACCCGUGAAACAUCGCUGGAAAGGAAAAAAACGUGUAUGUAAGGUUUGUGUUUCGUCGUGUAAAGAUUUGUCCCAACGUGACAUUUUGAGCUGACAAUCCUGGUUGGACAGGUCAGCGAUGAUACAAUCUAUUUAAGUGUAAAUAACUGGUGUUACGAUGUCUAAAAUGCCAUUAUUGCUUGUCAAAUAUUUGUCGUCAAAAUAAAAGUUGUCAUGAUCCUGAACGUAAGAGAAAAGCGUUAAACACCGUGGUGUACUUUUAUUGUGAAAGUCCAGCUCUCUAGCGUUGUUGAACCGGAAGUGUCCGCAACUGAGGUUGGAUUCUGUUUUAAGUAGAAAAACAGCACGAGUAAGGAGUUUUAAAAAUAUUCCUAGUGUCGGAAAAUGUCGCCACAAACAUGGCUCACCCGUGAAACAUCGCUGGAAAGGAAAAAAAACGUGUAUGUAAGGUUUGUAUUUCGUCGUGUAAAGAUUUGUCCCAACAUGACAUUGAGCUGACAAUCCUACAAUGUGUGUGGGGGGAAAUAUGUCUAAAAUGUCAUUAUUGCUUGUCAAAUGCUUGUCGUCAAAAUAAAAGUUGUCAUGAUCCUGAACGUAAGAGAAAAGCGUUAAACACCGUGGCAUACUUUUAUUGUGAAAGUCAGGAUCUCCGGCGUUGUUGACCCGGAAGUGUGCAAAACUGAGGUUGGAUUCUGUUUUAAGUAGAAAAACAGCCCGAGUAACGAAUUAAAAAAUAUUCCUGGUGUCGGGUCACCCGUGAAACAUCGCUCGAAAGGAAUAAAACGUGUAUGUAAGGUUUGUGUUUCGUCGUGUAAAGAAUUGCCCCAACGUGACAUUGAGCUCCACGAUGUCCAGAUCACCUUCUUCACUGCUUCAGCUGUCCCGCCUGGGUGUGAGACUUUAUGCGGCCCCUUCCGUUCCUCACACCUUACCCGGCUCUAAGGUGGCCGCUGCCAACUCUUACAGCACCGACGUCAAGGUGCGCUCCUACUUCCAGUACAUGAAACGCAAGGUGAUGCCCCCUCCCGCGCCUCCAUACCAUCACGUGUGUCAGGUCGGUGAUCCGGUGCUGCGUUCCACGGCAGCAGAAGUUGACCCUUCCUCUAUUAAAGGACCGGAAGUUCAGAAAGUAAUCACCACUCUUGUCAAAGUGAUGCGUAAACUUGAGUGUGUUGGACUCAGCGCCCCGCAGAUCGGGGUUCCACUUCGGAUCCUGGCCUUGGAGUACCCUCAAAAGAUGUUGGAUGAGAGUUUGCCCGCGUCAAGAAAAGGGCGUGGUCUCUCUGUCCAGCCACUAAGAAUAUUUGUCAACCCCCAGCUGAGAGUGCUGGACAGGACACAAGUGCUCUUCCAGGAGGCCUGUGAAAGCAUCUCGGGCUUUUCUGCCACAGUUCCCCGCUACCUGUCUGUGGAAGUAUCAGGCUUGGACGAGACGGGAGAAGCUGUAACUUGGCAGGCCAGCGGUUGGCCGGCUCGGAUCCUGCAGCACGAGAUGGACCACUUGGAUGGCGUUCUCUACAUCGACCGCAUGGACUGCAAGACUUUCAUCAAUGUCAGCUGGCAGGCACACAAUGAAUAGAACACACGGUCUUGGAUUUGGGGCAGUCCGACGCCUCGAGACAAUAAAAUACUGACUACUGUCUACAGGUGGUGCUUGCAGUACUCCUGUCAUCCUGAAGGGGUUAAAAAAACGCAUUAAUUUAGUCAUUUUCUACCGCUUAGCCUCACGAGGGUCGUGGGGGUGAUGGAGCCUAUCCCAGCUGGCGAGAGGCGGAGUACACCCUGGACUGGUGGCCGGCCAAUCACAGGGCACAUAUAGACAAACAACCAUUCACACUCACAUUCAUACCUAUGGACAAUUUGGAGUGGCUAAUUAACCUAGCAUGUUUUUGGAAUGUGGGAGGAAACCGGAGUACCCGGAGAAAACCCACGCAUGCACGGGGAGAACAUGCAAACUCCACACAGAGAUGGCCGAGGUUGGAAUCGAACUCGGGUCCUAAACCACCCGUCCACCAUGCAGCCUGGAGUCUUGUUAUUUAUCUAAAAAUUGGCAUAUUCCACACACACUGUUGUUGCAAAUAAAGGUUAAUCAUGAUUAAUUUUUUAUUUGAAAAUCCAUGCAGAGAUGGCCGAGGGUGGAAUUGAACCCCGGUCUCCUAGCUGUGAGGUCUAACCACGCUAACCACUAGACCGCCGUGCCGCCCCUCCUGUAAAAUUACUGAUUAAAAAAUUU